AUGCUUGAGAGAAGCUAUUUCUCGGGCAGCAAACUCGUCCAGGUGUCCUGCUGCAGUGUGCCGCUGCCCCAUGGUGCUCUGCAGCUCCCCUGUGCAGCACUGCCAGCCCGGUCCUUCUCCAGUUCGGAGGCCAGCCCAGAGCUCCACAAUGCUGAUCUGCACUACCGGCUCAGACCUGAGGCCCUGCCGGCGGCUCCCAUGCUGGCAGCUGCUAGACAAAACCUGUACACACCAGCCACCCUCUCUGUUUCUUCCCUGCAGGCCCUCGCCCCAAGCAGAAACUUUUCCUUUUUGAGUGUUGUCCACGUGCUUACAGCAGAAAGGAAAACUUUUAAAAACACAGAUGCUGGGUACCCAUCUACCCAUAAUAUCCAAGCUUCAAAUUACAGGUUUUGCCAAGAUGACUGCAACUACACAAAAGCAUUAGAAAUCCAGUUGUCCUUAAAAUACAAAUUCUGCCCAGCUGCCGCUAGCAGCCUGGUUUGGUGGAAGUCAGCCAGUAUUCCUGGAAGCUCAAAUGUGGCUGCUGGCAGUAAUCGUCGUCUUCAGCAGACUCAACACCAAGUAGAUGAGGUUGUUGACAUCAUGAGAGUGAAUGUGGACAAGGUAUUGGAGCGAGAUCAGAAGCUGUCAGAGUUGGAUGACCGUGCUGAUGCACUGCAAGCAGGAGCUUCCCAGUUUGAGACCAGUGCAGCCAAGCUGAAAAGAAAGUAUUGGUGGAAGAACUGUAAGAUGUGGGCAAUAUUGAUAGCUGUGGUUAUCAUUAUCAUCAUCAUCAUUAUUGUCUGGAAUAUGCCUUCAUGAGUUACAGGAAGAAACUCAAAUCAACUGAAGGUGCCCAUCUUCAGCCUCUCCACUUCAAACCUGCUGUAUUUUCAGCCUAUUUACUGCUCUUUAAAGCAAAACUGUUUUGAUUACUGAAAUGUUAGCUAACUGUACCUGGUUGCCUUAAGACACUCCUGUCAUAAAUUACUAACAAGCACA